CUGCUACCGCUUCCGAACGGAAGGGCGACGCGGGGUUGCUGGGAAGCGGCGGCGGCGCAUCACAGGCGUUUCUUGUUUGUUUUUCCGUGUCCGGGUCGACCCGCUCAGCCUGAGGCGACGCAGUGAGCUCCGGUGGGAUACCCCAGGGACUGCCGCCAGGGAAGGCUACAGGCUCCUGAGGAGACAUGCCUACGCUCAACAUAAACAGCACGUGAGCUGGGAAUAGAUAAGCAACAACUCUGCUUAACGCCUCUGGCUGAGUGGCUUGCCAAAGAAUUCCUCACUGUCAUGCAUGGUUAUCCUUGGUUGACUGAGCCUUGAUACCAUUAACAGUGUGUGUCAGUCUGUUGACCUUGCUUCAGAACAGAGGAGGCUACCGGAGGCUCAGCUUGCUAAAACUUAUCAGACCUGUUGCUGCCGAGGAAGUAACUUUGAUGGCUUCUUUCUUCUGAAGACUAUAACAAAUGUAACAGAGGAAUCUUGGAGUUCAUUGAUUAAUAGUGGGAGGUCUUACUGAAACAGAUUGUAAAUGCUCAGUGUGGCAUGGAAUGCUUGGUAGGUUGGUUACAAUAGGAGGAAGCUGAAGCUGGAGGGUGGAAUACUAUGAAGCUAGUGUAUAAUUCGUGGAACUACAGUUUUGGCCUUUGAUUUACUUGUACCUCUUUGGUCUGAGAUGGAAGCAGAUUCAACUAUCCCAAUUUGGCAGAACAAACCUUAUGGCUCAUCACGCAGCUUUGUGAGAAGAAUUGGAACAAACCUUCCUUUGAAACCGUGUCCUAGAGCAUGCUUUCAGGAAUUACCAAAUGUGUCAGAUCUUUAUUUAAAUGACAUGCCCCCUGUCCCAACUCUGGCAGAUGUAUCAUGGAUAGCUUCAGAUGAUGAAGAAACGUACGCUAGAGUCAGGACGGACGCUCGUCCACUAAAGCAUAAGUGGAAACCCACCCCGCUCUUUGUCAUUCAGCGGAAUGCCUCCGUCCCGAAUUUGAGAAAGCAAGAAGAAAAGUUGUUGGCUUUGAAGAAACCAGGUUUACCUGCUUUGAGUCGGACAACAGAACUCCAAGAAGAGCUGAGUCACCUGCGGAGUCAGAUUGCUAAGAUUGUAGCUGCAGAGUCAGCUUCCUCUUCUUUAACGCCAGAUUUAUUAUCUCCAGGAAGUUCAAAUGUCUCUUCUCCCUUACCUUGUUUUGGAUCCUCAUUCCAAUCUACAACUUCCUUUGUCAUUAGUGAUAUUACAGAGGAGGAGGCAGAAUUAGAGAGCCCAGAGCUUCCAUCCGUUUCCAUGCUUUGUUCUGCAACCUCUGAAUGUUGUAAAGCAGACCCAAAGGAUUCAGACGAUGAAGAUUCGGUGUCUCUGUCAAAGGCCAGCAGUUUUGCAGAUAUGAUGGGUAUUCUUAAAGACAUUCAUAGGAUGAAACAGAACAAAGACUUGAACAGAACUUUACUGAAAGAGGAAGAUCCUGCAGUUCUUAUAGCAGAGGUUUUAAGAAGAAAAUUUGCUUUGAAGGAUGAAGAUGUAAACAUGAAAAAGAAUUGACAGUAUGCUCAUUGAUUACCCUGUCAAGCAAAUUAUUGUGCUCCUAAGAUUUUUUCUUCACAGUGGCUGCCUUCCUUGAACAUCAAAUGUCCUUUAGGGAUUAAGUUUCCUCUGUGAGUGUUUUGGUCCAGUGGGGUUGAGGGACACAACUCCUACCCAAGUGAAACUGAAUUUGCUGUUUUCCUUGUAGCUGAGAGAUUUUUAAAAAGGUAAAUGGUUUUCCACAUUUUGAACUGAAGUGUUGUUAGUAAAGUGGUGAGUUAAAUUAAAAAUUAUCUAUUCAUAAUUUU